CCAGACAGAACAUAUUAGUUGCCAUAAUGUAGCGUCACACUGUAGUACCGGGUGAUCCUCUCCUUCGCUGUCUCUUUGUUCCCCUGCGUCUUUCAUUGCCAGUGCGUAUUUGGAGUAUACUGGACUUGUAUUUUAAAUGAGAAUGGCAUCAUUUAUGGACGCGCAAAAAUGGAGAAGGUACGUUUGGUUAUUUCUGGUCAUCUCUGCUGUGUUUAACUCAGCAUUUGCUGUUACGCAUUACUCUAUUCCCGAGGAAAUGGAGGUUGGAUCGGUCGUUGCGAAUUUAGCCACUGAUCUCGGUUUGGAUGUACAAAGUCUGACAAAACGCAGGAUGCGCCUGGAUGUGAUCGCAAAUAAAAAAUAUCUGGAUAUAAAUAAAGAAACGGGGGAGCUGUUCAUCGUCGAAAAGAUAGACAGAGAAUAUCUCUGCCCGGCCAAAACAAGUUCAUGUUUUCUAAAGCUUGAUGCAACAAUAGAAAAUCCAAUUAGGAUGUUUAAUAUUGAAAUAGAAAUACUGGAUAUUAAUGACAAUUCACCCCAUUUUCGACGAGACGUCAUGCAUUUAGACAUUUCAGAGUCGACGCCAGCCGGAGAGCGUUUCUCUCUCAACAAUGCAGUGGAUUCAGAUAUUGGAUCUAAUUCAAUCAAGACCUACUAUCUUAGCGAAAGCGAUCAUUUUACUAUCGAAAUACAGUCAGGUCGAGAUGGAUCUAAACUUGCUGAUUUAGUACUGAAAAAGGCAUUAGAUCGCGAAGAACAAGCAGUCCAUAAUCUGAUACUUACUGCUGUAGAUGGCGGAGUGCCUUCGCGCUCUGGGACUGCUAAUAUUAUUGUUCAAGUGCUAGACACCAAUGACAACGCCCCUCAAUUCGACAAAGACAGUUAUACUGUACACUUAAGUGAAAAUGCUCCUAUUGGGAGUCUUGUUGUGAAAUUAAAUGCAACAGAUUUAGACGAAGGCCAAAAUUCAGAAAUUGUGUACACAUUCAGUUUGUACACCUCAGAGAAGACGCAAGAGACAUUCAAUUUAAACUCAGAAACUGGAGAAAUUCGAGUUAAAGAGAUUAUAAAUUAUGAAGAUUUCAAAAUCUAUAAUAUGGAAGUAAUAGCGACAGAUAAAGCAUCUAAUAGUCUCACAGGGAAAUGUAAACUAACCAUUUUAAUCACAGAUAUGAAUGAUAAUCAUCCUGAAAUCUCCAUCAGAUCAGUCACAAGUCCAGUUAAAGAGGAUGUGGCUGUAAACACAGUGAUUGCAGUUGUUAGUGUGAGUGAUAAAGACUCUGGAGAGAAUGGACAGGUAGACAUUCAUAUCUCUGCUGAUUUACCUUUUGCGCUUAAAGAAUCCUCUGAUAAUUAUUAUGAAUUAUUAGUUUCAGAGCCGUUAGACCGUGAAAAGCUUCCAGAAUAUGACAUCACUAUCACCGUGACUGACAGGGGCAACCCGCCGUUAUUUGAUAAUGAAACUAUCACUUUAGAGCUGCUGGACGUGAACGACAAUGUUCCUCAGUUCCCACAGACUUUCUACACUAUACCAGUAAUGGAGAAUAACGCGCCUGGAGCUUCACUGAGCUCUAUAACUGCUGUAGACCCAGAUCUCCAUGAAAAUCAGUAUCUGGUUUAUUUCAUCAUAGAGAAGGAAAUAGCCAACACCUCCAUGUCCAUGCUGUUCUCCAUUAACCCGGAGAACGGCAAUCUUUACGCGCUAAAGACGUUUGAUUAUGAGAUAGAGAAGGAUUUUCUGUUCCACAUCGAGGCCAGAGACUCUGGUGUUCCUCCGCUCAGCAGUAACGUGACCGUUCACAUUAUUAUCAUGGACCAGAACGACAACACACCGCUUAUAGUGUCUCCGUGGCGCGCGCAGGGCUCCGAGGUGAAGGAAACCAUCCCGAGAUCCACCGAUAAAGGAACUCUGAUCGCCAAAGUCAUCGCCAUAGACUCUGAUUCAGUGCACAACUCUCGCAUCACCUACCAGUUUCUCCAGAACACCGACGCUACGUUAUUCAGCUUGGAUCAAUACAACGGAGAGAUCCGGACCAUGAGGAUGUUCAGCUACAGAGACUCGCGAGACCAGCGGCUGGUGGUGAUCGCCAAGGACAACGGAGAGCCCGCGCUCUCUGCUACAGUCACCAUCAAACUGUCUACGGUGGAGACCGCGCUUAAAACCUACACUGAGGUGCCUUUGGAGUAUGACAUCUUCUCGGAUUUAAACCUGUAUCUGGUGAUCGGACUGGGCUCUGUGUCAUUUCUUCUGCUCAUCACUAUAUUGGUGACCAUCGUGCUCAAGUGCCAGAAGGCGAAGCCCAGCAAAGCGGCUCCUCCGAGCAGGAACAGUGUGAUCAGCGAGAGGAACUCCACCAUCGCGGACUCCACUCUGGUCUCCAACGAUGCCUACUGGUACAGUUUAUUUCUAGCAGAGACGAGGAAAGGAAAGCUGGUGGUCAGACAGCCUGUGCCAAAGGGCGCGAGAUACAUCGUGUCCAGCAUCCCGAGGAGCACAGGACUGACCGAGACCAGCGACUCAGCGGCUUCUACUUUACAGGUAAGGAAUUAAUAUAUGGCUUUUAAU